AUGCAGUGUUUGUGCACAUGCUUGAUGUGGGAGUUAUUGAUGCCUCUUCUCUUUUCCCCUUACAGGCAAGGUGAUAUGAACUUCCUGGUUCUCAAAACAGCACUGAUGUCGCUUGUCCUCCUUCUUUCUUCCCUUUACCUUUCCCAUGCAGUCAAAGUAUCAGCAGUAGAGGUCAACACGCCGGAGGAGAUGUUUGUGGAGAACGGGACGGAUGCGAAGCUCCCCUGCACGUUCACGUCCGUGGAGGUGAUCAGCAGCGCAGCGUCUGUGUCCUGGAGCUUUCAACCAGAGGGAGCUGCAACUCGGAUCUCAUUUUUCUAUUACUCUAAUGGAAAAUCAUACCCUGGAAAGGACAUACCAUUUAAAGACAGGAUCACUUGGGCUGGAGAUCUUAACAAGAAAGAUGCUUCUAUCACUAUAUCAAACAUGCAGUUCCGGGACAACGGCACAUACAUUUGUGAUGUCAAGAACCCACCUGACAUUGUUGUCAAACCAGGAGAAAUCCGAGUUAGAGUUGUGGAGAAAGACAGCCUGCCUGCGUUCCCCAUUGCCACGGUGGCAGGGAUAGCCAUCGGUACGGUUACAGGUCUCUCAUCGCUCAUCUCUAUUGUCGUGUGUCUUGUCAUCAGAAAGAACAACUCUAAAAAACGAUACUCUGGCUGCAGUACCUCUGAGAGCUUGAUGUCUCCGGUUAAGCAGGCUCCGCAGAAGGCGCCCUCCGACACAGAGGGCCUGGUAAACAGCGUGCCCGCCAGAUCACACCAGGGCCCAGUCAUUUACGCGCAGUUAGAUCACUCCGGGGGACAGCACAGCGACAAGAUCAACAAGUCAGAGUCCGUGGUCUACGCCGACAUCCGGAAGAACUGAGAUGAGAUCCUAAGCUGUCCAAAGGAGAACACACACUCAGACUGGAAUUGCUUGAACAAGAUUUGACCCAGAGAACUCACAUGUGGCCUUUGAUGCCUAGGCUAGGACCAAUGCAUGUGCAUACAGAGGGAAAGAUAUAUAUGUAUUGUGUGUAAAUAGUCUAUUUAAUCGUACAGAAGUGAGACCAAUGUUGCAUGUUGAAAUGCGGUAAGAAUUUUUGCUUAUAAAUCGCUGAUAUUCUUUUUUGUAUCAUGUGUGACGAGAGAGAAAGUGAAAACUCACAUCACGAUUUUUAAAUAUUUUUAUCUUGAUUAUUAAUGGAGAAACUGGAAGAUGCCUGAAGAUUCUAGAUUGACCUGGAGAUUCUCUUUUUUUUUUUUUCUUUUUUUUUUUUUUGCUUAUAAGGCCUUCUUUUGUUGAGAUGAAUAUAAAGAAGACAUCUUCUUUAUAUCCACUGAAUUCCUUAUGUAUACAGGGUAUUUAUCUUUCUUUGGUCAGAUUCUCGGUAAAAGCUGCCUUCUCAUGUAAACUAGACCCUCUCACUUGGUCUUGUAAGCCAAAUUGUGACUCCUAGCUGUCAGAAAUGUAUGUCUUAGCAGUGUAAGUGAAGGAAAUCUUUAGGCCUACCUGACCUGUGUAACACAGGUCACAGAACUGUUUACUUCUCUAUGAGCCCAGCUAUUCAAGAUUAGUCCUUUGAGGUGCAGGGAUAGUGUUGAUCUAAUGAAUUUUGUGGAAUGGUAUGAAUGAAUUUUGUGAACACUAAGGAAAUAGUGAGUUAAAGGCAUAGGAAGCUGUAGCUGUAGGUGGUUACCUCAGACUCUGUUGAACCUUUCAGUGAAAUGUUUCUUCCUCAAAGCUGUGUCAUUUCAUGUAAGUGUGAAAAAGGGCUCCAAAGGAUCUGGAAGCUGUAGUACUCCCUUACUUCUCCCAUGGCUCCGUUAUACCACUGUCACCUCCUUAGAGGGGCUUUAUCUGUUCUUAAAAGCCUGUAGUGGAUGCUGAAUGACCUCUGGAGAAUGUCUAGGGCUCUUUGGGGUUUUUUUGAUGUGUGGUUUUUUUUGGUGUAACCUAUAUUUGCACAGAGGAUGCGGAAGGGCAGUUUAUUUCCUUCAUCUCUGCAAGUCUACUGCUUGAGUAUAGUUCCCCAGCUUUUUGUUUCUAGGUUAAACUCCUCCUAGAUUGUUAAGGAUCUCUGCUGAUGAGGAUCUUUCUUCUGCUGAUCCACAGUAUCCUGAAAUCUGGUACUCAGAGCUAGAAGUGGCAUUCCAGCAGAGAUCUUCUCAGAGUAACAUAUGGUAGAAGGAUUUCUGUUUUGUACAUCCUAAUGUGGUGUCGUUUGGCCUUUUUUUGUGGCAGCAAAUGAUUUUCAGUUUGGUCUCUCAUAACGCCUUGUCUCUGAUUCUUACCCAUUUCCUAGUUCUGUCUUGUUGCAUGGAAUCGGUCACAGAAUGGUUGAGGUUGGAAGGGACCUCUGGAGAUCAUCUAGUCCAACCCCUGCUCCUCAAGCAGGGUCAGCCAGAGCAGGUUGGCCAGCACUGUGUCCAGCUCUGAGUAUCUCCAUGGGUGGAAACUCUACAGCAUCUCUGGGCAAUCUGUUCCAAACAAGCUCAAGCCUAAUAUAACACCAAGUAAAUGAGAAAUAGUUAUAGGCCUGUGGAAGACCCUUUCAGAACCACAUUAGAUAAUCCUUUGAUUAUAACAGUGGAACUUUAAUAGCUGUUUUUUGUACAGUGGGGUUUUUUUUCCCCAACAAAGUUGGGCAUACCAACACUAUAUCCCUUCAUCAGGAUCAGCCUUCACAGGUUUUCUGACAACACCUGCCUUUAUUAGAAGUUGACAGCUUUAUUUCUGUAUACAUGCACUGCCUAGAUUUUAAGACAUUGUCCUCAAAGCCAGAACCAGCUUCUUAAAGCUGAGGCUCAAAAGGAAACCAUGGAUUAAUUUAUUCUGCUAGAUGUCAGUUCCUAAUCCUGCAAUAUCUGAAUUUGUGUAACCCUUGUUACGGGACUUGGCUGAUAUCAAAGAAAGGACGUGUUUCAAGAUGUUUUUAAGAUAUCAGUUUUCAGAUGUUUGCCAAGUCCUGUUGGGAGCUGAGACACUGUGCUGUGGCUCACUAACCAUUGCAGCUCUGAAAAGUAUGUAGCAUUUUAUUUUUUGGCAGUAAUGCAUACAAGAUGAAAAAUGAACAAAUUUCUUCUCCACAGAAGGCCUUUAAAUAUCAUUUUCUACUUUGAGGAUUAAACAGGGGGUUUAGCAAGACUCCACAUGAUGGGCUAUGAUGCUUCUUCCCAGUGCUGGAGGCUGAUGGAGUGGGACCUACUUGUCCCAGAUGCACUCAGGGGCAGUUUGCCAACUCAAGCUUCCAUCUGUUGAUACCGUCCAGUAUCUGUUGUGUGCCAAAGCACUGUUCUUGGUUGCUGCAGUACUCACAUUGGUGACUGUAGCCAGCAAAUUCUUUACUCAGAAGGUGGAGACGCCCUGGCACAGGCUGCCCAGAGAAGUUGUGGCUGUCCCGUCCCUGGAAGUGUUCAGGGCCAGG